AUGAAAGCAACUAGACUGCCAGGAAAACCAUUAUUAGAUGUGGGUGGUAAAUCGAUUAUUCAAAUAGUUUGCGAAAACGCUAGAAAAUACAUAAUGGGUGAUUUGUAUGUCGCAGCUGGUGAUAAAGAAAUUGUUGAUGAAUGCGAAAAAAUAGGUGUAAAUACAAUUUUAACGGAUCCAGCACUACCAUCAGGAACAGAUAGAAUUGCUGCGGCACUUAAACAAAUAGAUCCAACGGGAGAAAAUUAUGAUAUAGUGGUUAACUUUCAAGGCGAUGGUUUAAAUGUUGAUCCUCGCGUAAAUUUACCACUAAUAAAAAUGGUUGAAAAAGGUGAUUGUGAUAUAGCGACUUGUGGUAUGAUAUUUAAAACAAAAGAAGAUAGUGAAAAUCCAGCUAAUGUAAAAAUAGUUAUGGGUUUAAGAGAGGGAGAAACCGAAGGUAGGGCUUUGUAUUUUACAAGAGCCGUGUGUCCUUUUACAAGAGAUCCAGAAAAAGUUAAAAACAAAGAUUUAUAUCACCACAUAGGUGUUUAUGCUUACAAAGCCGCUUCAUUACAAAAAAUGGUGUCUUUACCAGUUGGUGUUUUAGAAGAAAGAGAAUCAUUGGAACAGUUAAGAGCAUUAGAAGCUGGUAUGAUAAUUAGGGUUAGAAUUAUCGCCCAAGAAGAAAUGAAAUUAAUUCAAGAAGCACCAGCCGAUGUAAAUACGCCAGAAGAAUUGGCAGAAGCAAGGAAGUACAUAAAUUUAAUAGAAAUUCCUCCUAAAUAA